CCCCGCUAGUCCCUCGGUCACUUGUUAGGAGAAGAAAGCGUUGCAUCCUUGGCCAACCUGCCAAAAUUACAAUCCACUGCAGGUGCUGGCACCGUACCCUACUUGCUCCAGCAGGAAUCGAUUGCAAUUUCAACAUGGCGCUCAAUCGCGCAUCGUCUUGAAUGACAGGCCGAUGGCGGUCUACGGUAUGAGUACCGACACUCUAGCAUAUUCUAGUCUAGAGGGAAACUUCUAUCCACUAGUCGCGACACCCGACGGAGAAACGACCGCAGAAGAACCUUAUUCAACGCUUACAUGUCCGUCGCGAAACAAACCCCGAUUUCUAACUCCCUCACCCGCAGUAGCAGACUCCACAAUCACUCGUCUCGGAUUAACAACACAAGCACGAAUCGCUCCCGAGGAAGGGCUUUUUUAUCCAAGAGUUAGAAACCAGUACCUGCGGCAUGACCGCGAGGUGAAAGGGCUCGGGCCAAACAUCCUUCCUCUCCCCUCGCUGUCGGGCAGGCUCUCUCCAUUUCGCAAAUGGGAUGAAUCUGAAUCCCUGCGGUCCACUCAGCCCUGACUAAGGCCAACCUAAAGCCCCCAAGGGUGUAUGUGUAUCUCCUUGAUUCGGAAGAGGCACUUAUGACCCCAGAAUGACAGGGAAACAACUACUCGUAUGCUUUUUUUCUUUUUCUUUUUUCAUCCGGCCCCGCCCUGCAGGUGAUAUAUGAAAGGACAAUUCUCACGAAGCUAAACCCACUACAUCAAUAUCACACCAAUAACUUGUUGGUAUAUAUACGCUUGAUAGCCCCUCCGCCUAAGGCCGAGAUGAGCCCCCCGACAUCGUCAUCACAGGUUUGAUGCUUCACCACCUUUUUCCCUACAAUUCUUAUACAAAAGGAAAACGGUCCCAGGUGUUGUAGCCACAGCUACACUUAUUCUCAUCGAAUGAUAUUCUGAUUUCAGACUCAAAAAAUCUUAUCCUGUCCUUAAAAUCAAUCGACAUCCCCCACUAUGCAAGCCAAUUUUCAAUUACUACUAUAUUUUGCCUUGUUCCGUUGCAAUAUCCUUCUCGUCUCUGGCCAUCCAGUAUCACCAGUUGAUUCCUCCACCGCCGCAUCCCCAGGGGACUUCUUUCCCAACCUAAUAUUCUCCGCACGGCGCUCUAUCCUACCCCGCAAGGAUAAUUCAACAGCCUCUUCUACCUCCGGCGGAAAUGACAAUUCUGGAGAUCGAAAUCAUUUACUACAGGCAAACCUGACAGCAGCCAUCGCCGUUGCCGCAGGUCUUGGGGUUUUAUUGAUCCUUGUUGGGUUAAUGAGCGCAUUCCGCAUGGGUUGGUCUAGAGGGCUUGAAUAUCAGGCGAAGGCGAGACGAAAACUCACCUCAACAGGAUCAAGCGACGCUACCACUGAUCCUACAUUUGUGCCUUGGCAAGUUAGCGGCCUCGGUAGGCACAGCUUCAGGCCCGGGAAGGGUGUUUACGAGAUUCGUGACGGGCCGGUCCAGGGAGCGAUCAGGAGUGUUGUGGCUGUGGAUAAGGGCAAGGCAAAGGAUAUUGGGAAUUGGUGAUGAGCCACUUUUUUUUUUCAAUUUUUUUUUUUUUUUUUCAUUCAUACUUAAUCACAUUGGGAAGGCGCAAGCACUCGAGUAUCUUAUGGCGCCACAGGGGAUCGAUCUUAUGGAAGUGUGCAGAAAAGGGGGUGGGUGGAUCGGAGUUUUAGCGGGUUCCCCUUUCAGUCUAUUAGCCUUUCGUUAACACUGACUUUUUUUCUUUCUUCUUGUUUAUUCGGGUAUAAAAAACGGAGUCUUGUAUUUAGUGAGCAUAAUAAUUAUAUUCGAAAGUCGGAUCUCAUACAGUA